UGCCAUUGCUAGUAUUUGCUUUUUCUCUGUCUAGAGACUCAACUUCAAGGCAAACAUGAGUUACAGGACUGUGGUGAUGUACAUGGAGAUUGGCUGCUUUAUUGUCUGUGUAUUUGGAUGGAUCCUGGUGUGCUCCACCAUGCCCACAGAGAUCUGGACAUGGUCGGAGGUAGACAGCAUAGUCUUGACCACUUCAAACUACUUCUCCAACCUGUGGAAGGAUUGUAUAUCUGAUUCAACUGGAGUUUCUGACUGCAAAGGAAUUCCAUCAAUGCUUGCACUAAACUGGGACAUACAUAUGUGCCGUGCUCUCAUCAUCAUCUCUAUUAUCCUGGCUUUUUUUGGAUCAGUGCUGGUCCUGGUGGGAAUGAAGUGCACUAAAGUUGGGGGAUCAGAGAUUGUUAAUGCAAGAGUGACCUUUGCUGGUGGGAUGAACUACCUUAUCGGAGGUCUGUGUUCGAUGACCGCUUUCUCUUAUUAUGGAAACAAAAUCAGAGCAGAAUUUCAGGACCCAAACUACAAAGCUCAGAAGUUUGAAAUAGGUGUUGGUGUCUUUAUUGGCUGGGGAGGCUCCACUUUACUUGUUGUUGGAGGCCUUAUUUACAGUAUCUUCGCAGGGAGGGAAGGAUUCAACUCAAGUCCUAAAAAAUACCCUGACUACCAGUUGCCUAAGGACGACAGAAGUGUUGCCACAAAAAAGAGUAUUGCGUCUGUGGCAAUUACAGCGACAUCUUAUGGAAGAAAAUCAAGGACCACCACCAGUGAUAGUAUUGGGAGCAGGAUUUCUGAGAUCACUUCUACCACAUCCACAUCCGCCACAAAUGCAUAUGUAUGACUUAAUUUCAAAGGUUGAAAAAAAGAUGAAAUACAUGGGUGGGCUUAUCAUUAGAUUUAUUUGAAAUUAUAAAAUGUUUUCCACCGCAGACACAUUCACAAAUAAGGAAUGGCUCUGUGUCCCAAAACCUGUGUAUUAGUUAUUUCAAUAUGUUGCUGUUGUAGUGAACUAUUUAUCAAAUAAAUAGUUUGAACAAUGUAUAUAUUAACAAAUAUUGUAAGAUGUUUUGGAAAUUUGCAAUAAAGCUAAACGCUGAAAAAAACAUUUAUAUAUUACACUUUGUUUCCCCCGGACCAUCAUCAGGAUAGAAAUAAUUUGUAUUAAUUGUCAUGAUGGAAAGUAUCAAAGUGCAUUUACUUGAACACUGUUUUUAAAUGGAACAUAGUAUGCUCCUAUGUUUAAUUAGAACCACCAUGCACAUCAGGGAUGUCUCUACAAAAAUGUCUGUAUCUAAACUCUAAAUUGUUAACCAGCAUAUUGGUAAUGAUGUUACGUACUGGGCCGAGGCUUCAGAGCGUGGUUCGAGUAAUCCAGGACGUUUAAGUUCAGAAAAACCCAAGGUUACCAGGACGUGUGGAGCUGGGUUUCCUGAAUAUGUCAUUA